AUGGACAAACGCACCAUCCUUCUCCAGGCCGGCAUCGACACCCCGGCAAAGUUCUUUGAAGUCUACGGUUGGUACGACAACCUCGACACCGGCCUUGGAGAAGGCUUCAACUUCGACAACCCCCUGGAGCCAUCUCCUUCAACUGCCCGCACCGGCUCCCAGGCCACCAUGGCUCACCGUGGUGAUUGGAACAGCCUGCUGGAAGGUGCGGAGGGCUACGACUCCUUAGCCCAUUCCUUCACUGACGGGGGCGAAGCCUUUUGGCUGAAGUGCGUCAAGCCUGUCCUUGACGCCGAAAAGCCUCCGGUCGAGUUGGGAUGGGGCCAAGAGCUCGAAUACAGCGAUCUGGAGGAGGAGGUCUCGGAGGAGGAGGAGGAGACCGACUCUGAGGAGGAUCGUCGACCCGCCCGUUCGGCGUGGAAGAGACCUGUGGGUAACACUGCAGGUUCUGUUGAAGGGCAAGGAGAGUGGCCCUCUUCAGACGGUGUCCCCCUCGCGGAUGCCCCUGAAUGGCAGCAAGAUGAGGAUGAUGAGGAGUUCGAGGGCGACGACGAUGAGUACGGGCGUCCAGCCAGGCUCUCGGUCGCGCCCGCUCCCACCAUCUCCUCUCGCAAAGCAAGCGCCUGGUCCGAGGAUGAGGACGCUGCUUGCAUCAAACUCAUGAAGGAGGUGUGCACCCUGGCACAGUACGCCGCCAUCGCCGGCACUGAGAAGCGCUUCGAGGUGGUCGCCAAUCGCAUGAAGGAUGAAGCUGGCUUCAACCGCACCGCUUCUGGUGUGAAGCUUCAGUGGAAUCGCAGACUGCGGGCUGCCUCGGGGUUUGAGGAUCGCGGUGAGAAGAAGCGGGCUUCUGGGCUCACCACCUCUGCUCUCAGCCAGGGUAUCAAGCGUGGCACCUCCGCUGCCACGUCUUCGGUUUCCAGCAACCCAGCAAGAGGCAAGAAGUCUUCGGCAACUUCUGCUCAGUCCACUGAGACGGGCUCCCUCUCUGGGCGUCAGGGCAAACGCAAGGCCAUCCAUGUCGACAGCGAUGAUGAGGACGACGACGACUUCUCUGCACCUCGCCUUUACCCUGCCAAACGUCCUCGCACCGCUGCAGCAUCCUCUUCUUCGACUUUGCCUUCGACUCAGGAUGUGGCCUACUACGAUCUCUCUGCGGCAAACAUCCUCUCUGGCCCAAGAUCAACUCGUCACAGACCUGCCACCACCACCACCAUCGCCACCACCACCAGCGACGAUGAGGAAGAAGCCAUCCCACCAUCCAUCACACCUGAGCCCGACCACAACAGCUUGGCGUACUGGCAGGAUGUGCUUCGCCAACGUCAAGCCAAACUUGCCAAACAACGUGAGGAAGCCGAACGCCAGCAGGAGAACGAGGAGAAAUCUGAAGAUGAAGAGCCCGUUAUCACCACUGCCGACAGAGCCAGAAAGGCCCGCGAACGUCGCAAGCAGAAGACCUCUCCAACUACCAAGUCUGCUUCUACCACCAGAUCCUCUUCGACCACCAGAUCAUUUUCAGCCACCAGACCUGCUUCAAUCACAAGACCCACCUCAACCACCACAUCUUCUUCAACCACUGGACGCGGGCUAUCCUACUCUGAAUAUCUUCGCCAGGGUCUCGGACAUAUACCUCCUCCUCAUCCUUCCACUACCAGAUCAUCAGCUCGUCGCUUCAAUCUGUCUCCUAUCGUCGAGGAUGCCGAACCCACCACAGUCCACACUACACCCGCUGCUGCUGCUCAAAUCGCUGCUGAUGAGGAGAUCGCAAGAAGAAUGCAGGAGGAAUGGAAUGAAGCACCAGCUCCUCGCUCUCGUCGUGGUCGCGGCUUCAGAUGA